GAUUUCUGACGGGUUGUUUCGUGAUUACAAAGAAGAAGAAGAAGAAGAAGAAGACCAAAGACUUCCGGGGAAAAUGUUAACACAUGCGCUGUAAAUCUCUGAAGCAGGUGGAGUCAUGACGAGGUGGGCCAGAGCCAACAAUGUCCACAAGCACAAGCCAGCAGAGGCCACGCCGUGGACUCAGCUGAGAGGAGGAGGUCAACACCAAGGCGCCUCUAAACACGGACCCCAGAAAGACAAUCUGGGAGGCGGAGGAGGUGGUGGUGCCCCCCACCGUGUUCCUCACGGGGACCACCUGAGAGGAACCCACCCCAGCGGAUCGGCCGUGAAGAAACCGAACCGGCCGAAGAAGGACUACGUCAGCGAAGACGUCAACGGCUUCCUGGAGUUCCUCCAGCAGAGCGGACAGCCGCUGCCCCGAGGCGACGGAGGAGGGGGGCGGGGCCUGCGGGAGGAGGUGGAGACGGCACUGAAGAAGGACAGGAGAAGAGAGGACCGGAGGGUGAAGAGGCAGAGCGACAAGAGGAGCAACAUGCUGUGCUUUAACUGCAGGAAGCCCGGUCACGGAUUGGCCGACUGUCCGGAGGCGGACCGCGACGAAGAGAUGGGCCGCGGGAUCUGCUACCGCUGCGGCUCCACCGAGCACGAGAUCCAGAGGUGUCGAGCCAAAGUGGACCCGGCUCUGGGGGAACAUCCGUUCGCUAAGUGCUUCAUCUGUGGUCAGACCGGACAUCUGUCCCGAGGCUGCCCGGACAACCCGAAAGGACUCUACGCCCAAGGAGGCUCCUGUCGGGUUUGUGGCUCGGUGGAACAUUUCCAGAAGGACUGUCCUGAGCACCAAGCUGCAACAAGCGCGCUGACCCUCCCCUGGAUGUCCAACAACAUGAGCGCCGACCACGAGGACGUGCACGUCCCCGCCAAGAGCCCCGCCCCCAAGCAGGCCAAAGUGGUGAAGUUCUGACCCCAACACCUCCCCCUCAAAAAAGGCAGCGUUGAUUUGUUUAAUAAAACACAUUUUUUUCAAGUAUGA